AUACAUGUGUUCCCUUUAUUGUUUUGACCUUGAAUGUUUGUUGAGCUAUGCAGGAUAUAUAAAGGGAUGUUACAAUCAAUACUCGCAAUCAUUGCUUGGGAUCCGUCAGUACACGUGCUGAAAGUUUGUCUCACUAUUAAGAAUCCACCCACUUCUAACUAUUGGUUAACGGAAGAUAAAGGAGCGAGGCGGAUCUUAUAUAACACGACGAGGAAGACUAUGCUUUCAUGGGACAAAUAGUUCAUCGUUUGUCCUGAAAAUACUAGCUGCUAUUGUCACGGCCCUCCCACUUAAAUGACGCGGGAAAUAUAUAAUAGGUGCACAUGAUGAAGUUUGGUGCAGAUAACUGUUUCGUAACAGCGUUCAGUAAGGAUGCUUCUAGAAUUUUUCGUCACAUGCUGCUUUGUCUCAAUCGUUCCGUUCCUUACUUUUGUAAUUUGGACAUUACUAAUCAGAAAGAAACAUAGGGUGCCCUGCAUACCCGGUGGAUGGCCCAUCAUCGGCAAUGCCCUUCAGUUAUCUAUGGACCGGUGCCAUCUUGUUUUUGCCGAGUGGGCAAAGCGUUUCGGAAGCGUGUUCGAAGUGAAAUUGUUUAACGAGAAAAUAAUUGUUCUAAACGACUACAACAGUAUCCACCAGGCGUUAGUGCAGUCAGGAACAGACUUUGCAGGUCGGCCCAAGAUGCAUCGGACGGACCAAAAGGCGCGAUGCAAAAAGUCUAUCGUAUGGCAAACAUACAACCCAAAACUUAUCCUUUUACGAAAAGAAGUACUCAAGUCCUUAAAGAUGUACGGACCAGGGCUUCGUACUUUGCAGGACAUUUGUGAACCAGACCUAUUGGCUUUAGUGGAUCGAAUUCAAGAAAUGGAUGGGAAGCUAUUUGAUCCUAGCCGUGUUCUCUUCGAUUCAAUAUGCAAUAUAAUGUUAUUCUUCCUUUUAAGACUACGCUUUGAGUAUAACGGACCAGAAAUUGAAACAAUAAGAGAAAUGAGCAACUUAUUUAACGAAACCUAUGGAUCAGGAGACGGGAAGUGGCUAGAUAUUAUUCCCUGGCUCAGGUUCGGACAGAAUAAAGAGACACGGCGUCUGGAACGUGCUCUGGAUAUGAGAGAUCGGUUAUGGACGUCUCUCAUUGAACAAAAUGGGACGUUUACAGAAGAAAGUGUUGUUGGCCACUUGCAAAGUCUGAAGAAAGACAAUUCCGACAUCGAUGAUGAUACCAUCAAAGAGUGUUUUACCAAUCUAGUAUUAGCAGGGGUGGACACGACAGCUACCGCCCUGACCUGUUUAGUUCUGGUUUUAUUACACAAUCAAGACUUCCAGAAGAAGAUCCAGGAAGAAAUCGAUCGAGUUUUCCCGGACGGCGCUUUUCCCGCGCUUUCUGGCCGACAACAAACACCGUUCACGGAGGCCGCCAUAUUAGAGCUCCUACGCUUUAUAUCUCAUGUCCCCCUAGCAGUUCCUCAUUCCACGACAGAAAAUUCUAAAUUAUGUGGUUAUGAUAUAGAUGCCAAUUCCACGGUAUAUAUAAAUUUAUGGGCAUUGCACCAUGACGAAAAUAUCUGGUCAAAUCCGUGGAAGUUUGACCCUUCACGUUUCCUAGACGACGAUGGUAGAAUCCAUAGUCCACAGCAUCCCAAUCGGAAAAGGUUGUUGGUGUUUGGUGCUGGCAGAAGAGUUUGCCUAGGGGAGGCUUUUGCAAGGAACCGGCUGUAUUUAUUUGUGACAAUGCUCCUUCAGCAUUUUACUUUUGUGCCAGACAGCACAGAGCAGCUACCGGAAGUUGAUCCUCGAUCAUAUGAUCUUGGACUUGUUCUACAUCCAAAGCCAUUCAAAGUCAGAGCAAUCAACCGUCAUCAAAUGGCAGCAAUUUGACUGAAUCAAAUUUAGUCCUAUAAAAUAAUAAUAUAGAUUUUUUUUAUUUUUAAUUUUAUAUAUUCCGUCUGUCUGUAACGGUUUUGUUUAAAAGUAUCCUUUGAGCUUACGCUGUUAGAUUUUACCAGUGAUAAAAUUAUUCGAUUUCUUAGAUUAUCUAAUGAGAAGAUCUUUCUUAAAUUGUCUCAUCUUAAUUUUCCCAUGGUACAACUAUGUAUCAAUGUAUCACCAUACUCGUACCCCUAUGCAAGAAAAAAUGUAUUAUUUCUAAGGACUGUAACACUUUAGAUGCUUUAUCAAUAUUAAUUUUUCUUUCAUUUUAUCAAAUGUCUGUAAAUGUCUAAGAAUUAAAAUGUGCUUCUUUUUCUUUAAACAGUGGCCGAUAUUGUAGUUUGUCACAAUUUAAACUUUUAGAUUUAUUUAUUAGCAGUAUGAAGAUGAUAGUUGAUCAAUGAGUCUCUCCCUGAAGACUGAGUACAUUUUAAAAAUGUUUUGCACAUUUUCAUGCUUUAAUAUUUAAUAAAUACUCAUACAAAGUAUGACAAACUCAUA